AUGUCCGACUGUUGUCUCUGCGGCAAGUGUGUAAGUGAGCUAUUGCUUCCAUUAUCUCUGUUGUUUUGUCAUCUCCACCGCGAGCGACCUUCUGUUGCUUCUGUCAUCUCUGUCGCAAGGCGAGCUCUUGUUGCCUCCAUCGUCUCUACCACGAGCAAGCUCUUGUUUCUUCUGUCGACUCCAUUGUCUCCACCGCAACGUCAACGUCGGGCCCCGCCGAUGAUGACCUUAACCACAGUAUCUGUGAGCAUCGAAUAUGCUAAGCUUAGUGGUGGCGUCUUCAACAGGUGUUGUAGUGAUUGUUUCCUUGUUAUUGGGUCUGAGAUAGGAUGA